AAUGAUGAGAAAUAUUCUUAUCAUGAAUAUGUAGUUUAUCAUUUGUAUCACAAAUAUUUUACUUUUAAUUAUACAAAUGCUGAUAAAAAUAAUUUCGUAGCUGCUUAUAAUGAACUUAAACAAAAAUAUUUAGAUAGUAAUAUUAAGUCAAAGUUAACGGAAGACGAUAAAGUUUUAACAAAUGUUUAUUAUGAUUUACUGAAAGAAAUUCGCAGAGAUUUUACAAAAAGUCACACAUUGACUUUAUUUUUAAUUGAUGCUAUUAGAAACUUUGGUUGGAUAGAAUUUGAUCCCUCAGAAAAUGCUAAAAUGAUUUCGGCAAUUCAGAAUAUUAAAAAUAUAAGUAUAAUAGACCCUGAAAAUAUUAUAAGUCUAAAACCCAGUUUGUUAAAAAGUCUUGAAAAUCUUGAGGAAUGGAAACAAAUAAAUUCAAUAGAUUUAUCUGUUAAAGAAAUAACGUUCACUCAAAGUCUUUCAGCCAAAGGUCGUGGAGUUCGAAAAUUUGGUGAUGUGAUUGGAUACAUUACUGGUAGUGAUAAAA